AUGAGGGAUCUUUUCAAGGAAAUAUGCAAUGGUGAAAUUCCAUCUGCACAGCAAUCUCUUCAAAUGGAACAAUGGGGAUUGGCACCUGUUCUGCAAUAUGAUCAAGUCCUGCAUGCCUUACAUGCUGCCAUAUCUUGCUAUCAUGGAAACACCACUCCCAGUGACACACCACUUGAUCCCACCCUCGAUAGGCACCUUGUGUGGGCUGCGAAUGCCAUUGGCCUUCAACUCGUCAAUAUGCUCAAUCUGAUGGAAGUUGUUCAUUAUCUGUGUUCCACCUUUGAAAAUUGUCCCAAGCCAUUCAUCACCAGCCAAUCACACCCAUCUUGCCAGUCUGUGGUAGAGAUGGGUAUCCUCUACUUGGCAUGCCAGAUUGAGGUGGCCUCUGUACAUCUGAAGCAGACUGCUGAUAUCAUGGGAUGGCCCACACAUUGGUUUGCAAACCUAGCAAUGGACUUGAAUCAGCUUAAUAGCUUGAUUCUGGUGAUAGUGUUGCAUGCCAGUUAUACUCCUCCCCUCCCAGCAUGCUACCAUGCAUACCUCAGACACCAAGAUGAUGAGGUUAGCUUCUGUGAUCAAAUGCAGCUAUUUCCCCUUAGCACAUUUUGCAUAAUUGACAAUAUCAGUGCCAUCAUCCUGCAUUGGACCCCACAUGCAGUUGAUCCCAAUUCCAGCUUUGCAUUCCCUUGGUGGCUAUAUCAUUCCAAGGAAUAUGCAGCAGAUUCCCAAAGAUUGCAAGGCAAGGGAUUGUUUUCCAUGGCCUGGGAUUUUUCUAAGGGCUUAUGGCCAUUGCCUGAGGUGCCAAUUGCAGACUGUCUUGAUGGCCAUAUCAAGGAGCAGGUAAACUACUGCAUCAAAAAUAUUCAGAAAUAUGCCGAUGUUGUCAACAGUCAGGGUUGA